AUGGGAAUGCUGUCCUUGAUGCUCUGUGGGGUGUCUUUCGCGCUUCCCCUUUUUGUGAAAGCAGGCACGUGUAAGGAUGCGGAUAUGCACCCUGAGAUCAUUUCCGAGGGGCGGCCUUUUGCUUUCAAUUGUACAUACCCUUCAGUCACAAACGGGGCAGUCAAUGUGACGUGGCACAAAAUACCCAGCCAAAGCCCAGUAUCCAAAAACAGACAGCUUAGGAAUCACCAGGACCGGACCUGGAUCUUGUUCCUUCCCUUGGAAGAGGGGGACUCGGGCAUCUACCAGUGUGUUAUACGGGAUGGCCACAGAUGUUACCGAAUAGCUGUAAACCUAACCGUUUUUAGAAAACAUUGGUGCGAUUCUUCUACGGAGAGUCCGAUAAGUCCACCGAAUGAAUAUCAACAAUCAUUACCCAUGGGAAAAUCAGGCAGUCUGACGUGCUAUCUCGACUUCCCAGACAGUUGUGUUUUGGAUUCAAUAAAGUGGUAUAAGGGUUGUGAAGAGCUUAAAGCAGGGAAGCAGUAUAUUCUUUCAGGAAGAAAGCUUUUUGUGAACAGUGUCGCAGCAGAGGACGGCGGGAGCUAUGCGUGCACAGCCAGACUCACUCACUUGGGGAGAGAGUUCACGGUUCGAAAUUACAUCUCUGUGAGCAUCAAGGAACCUGUGUCUGGAUUAAGGAUACCUCAUAUCUCAUAUCCAAAAAACAACACCAUUGAAGUUCAACCUGGCUCCACCCUUAUUGUGGACUGCAAUAUAACAGACACGAAAGAGAACACAAACCUGCGAUGCUGGAGAAUCAACGGCACCCUGGUGGAUGAUUACUACAAUGACUCGGGACGCAUCCGGGAAGGAAUUGAAACCAAUGUUUCUUUGAAGGAUCACAUUUUUUACACAGUGAACAUCACAUUCUUAGAAGUGAAAAUGGAAGACUACGGCCUUCUUUUCAUGUGCCACGCUGGAGUGUCCACAGCCUACAUCAUGUUGAAGCUCCCAGCUCCAGACUUCCGGGCUUACCUCAUAGGAGGGCUCAUGGCAUUCCUGCUUUUGGUUGUGUCUCUCCUGUGUGUCUACAACAGUUUUAAGAUUGACAUCGUGCUUUGGUAUAGAAGCGCCUUCUACGCUGCCCAGCCCCCAGAGGAUGAGAAGCUGUAUGACGCCUACGUCUUAUACCCCAAGUGCCCAACAGAGAGCCAGGGCCGUGAUGUGGACACGAUGGUGUUGAGGCUCCUGCCUGAGGUGCUGGAGAAGCAGUGUGGAUAUAAGCUAUUUAUAUUCGGCCGGGAUGAACUCCCUGGCCAAGCUGUGGCCAAUGUCAUUGAUGAAAACAUUAAACUGUGUAGGAGACUGAUUGUGCUUGUGGCCCCAGAAUCUUCCAGCUUCGGCUUUCUAAAGGGCAUGUCAGAAGAGCAAAUCGCCGUCUACAACGCCCUCAUCCAGGAUGGCAUGAAAGUCAUUCUGAUCGAACUGGAGAAGAUCAAAGACUACAGCACCAUGCCUGAGUCCAUUCAGUACAUCCGACAGAAGCAUGGGGCCAUCCGGUGGCAUGGGGACUUUACAGAGCGGUCACAGUGUGCCAAGACCAAGUUCUGGAAGAAAGUAAGAUACCAUAUGCCAUGCAGAAGGUAUCCACCAUCUUCCUCAGUCCAGCUGCUGAGGCACACGCCUUGCAACUGCACAGCAGGCAAAUGGGAUGCUGCCACAGGGCUCAUAAGUUCCUGA